GCAGCCAUCUUCGUCGUUGCCGCCUCACUAGCGCUCUACCUUCGUUUUGUUGCUCGCCGCAUCCAGAAAGUUAGGUGGGGUUGGGAUGAUGGACUAAUAUUGUCAGCUGCUCUUUUCUUAUAUAGUCUAAUUGCAUGUUGCCUAGUUGAUGUCUACGGCGGCGGCGUUGGGUACCACCGCAGUGUUGUCGAGCAAAGCGCUUCCAAGAUUCGUGUUCUAGCCAAAAUGGCCAUCGUACUGCCCAUAUUUUACCUCCCCGCCGCAGCACUACCAAAGCUUAGCAUCAUAUGUCUAUACCUCCGCAUCUUUCAUAAGCAGACGAAUCCGAUUCAACGAAAAAUUUGCUGGAUCACCGCGAUACUGGUAGUUGCGAAUUGUAUUGGGAGUAUGAUCCCUGCAUUCGUCGCUUGCAGGCCCCUAAGCUACCUCUGGAUGGAAAGAAAGCCAGGAGAUCCGACGCACUGCAUUGACUUCAACGCUUGGUAUCGCUGGGGUUCAAUCAUGAACGUCAUCACCGAUAUUGUUAUGAUAUUUCUCCCCAUACCUGUUAUUUGGAAGCUCUCGAGUUCCCGCAGUGUAAAGAUCAGCCUGUCGAUUACAUUUGCUCUGGGGUCAUUAGGAGUUGUAACAUCAAUCAUUCGGUUCGUCGGCUUCUUCAAAACAGAUUCACAUUCGGACGGGACGUGGAAUGCAACGAACUUUCUUAUCCUUACUACCGUAGAAUGCGGCAUGUACUUUAUUUCGGCAUGCUUACUUGCUAUGAAGCCGAUC